AUCACCAUGUCCAGGUUUCCCAUUCUUGCACCUAGUGCCUGUGGCAACACUUGCAUAUCGAGCCAGCUCAAGACAUCGACACUGAUAAAGGGCAACCACAAUGGCCGGACCCAACCACAAGGCCUCUUCUUUCAGCCGUCAGUGCCUCCCUGGACUCACAGCGUUGGAACAGUCGAGACACGUGUCAGGCCGGGCAGCUGGGCCGAUCGGUCAAGAAGAGAGAAGGAACGAGCAAACUGUCCAAAGCAAGACUUGGGGCGUCCGAGCCCCCACCUCGUAUCUCCAUCCCCCCUCCCCCCCGCCUUGGAAUGGCAUAGGCAGGCAACAUGGCAAUUCCGUUUGCCCAUGUUUUAAUCUUCCUUUUUUUUCGUCUUCUUUUUUUCGUCUUUUUUUUUUCGUCCUCCCUACGGCCUCGUCUCUUGUCAGUAACGUAGCCGCUCGCUCGAGACGCGUCCUCUAUCCGACAUCCCUAUCCCAUUCUCUAAACUCUCGGUUUUCAACCCGGUCCAUAAUAAAUUCUCUUAUAGAAAGGUCGCCGCCGGCGCAAUGUGACUCAGAGCUGUGUCCUGGACUGGCUCUGCCAACUGUUUUGUAUUCCGGACAGAAUAAAUCCGUACCAGUGCGAGAUGACCAAGCACUACCAUUCUCCGGCAACGCCGGCCUUGCCGGGGUGAGCAUGAAUGCCAAAAGGCUGAAAUGCUGCCACACUCUCCCCCCCUCUGAAUAAUGUGCCUCGUUUCCGUAGCCCAGCCUGGCCUCUUAUUCCUCAACACGCUACCACGAAAGCGGUAUUCCAGAUAGCGAGUCUCGCUUUGGAUCCAACAAGCAUGGCUCCGUUUUAUUCCAGUCCAUGGAGUUAUCCUCGCUUCUGGUAGCUGGGCAGAAUGCGGUCAGCGUUAUGUUUGCUAUAGGCAUCUCCAUAUACAUACAUACAUAUAUAUAUUCAUUCGCUAUUAUUGAGUAGUUCACUCAGAGAGGGUUGCCGUAGAUUUUUGACCCUCUGAUCGCCUACAUGCAUCAUAUUACAUCGUCUACACUUCAUGGAGCUGGCUUGUUGACUACACCUGCAUGCAUGUCUUGUUUCUCUCCCGUCGUUCACUAUCGAUACGUAGUUAGACAAUGAAUCAUGUCACCGGCAACUCCAGAAGGCGGGACUUGACUUCCGGCACAGGUCCUCAGAUCAGGGUACAG